CCGGCCGGAAGUCCCUCCGCCCCGAGUCAGCUGCAGUGGGUUGAGGCGGGGGAGGGAGAAGAUGGCGGAGCAGGAGUUUGGAGUAUUUCCUAAUUGAGGAGAGCCAUAAUACUGACAACAAGGGGAUCCUCUGGUGGAUGUCUCUGAAACCAUAUGAAGUCAUGGCAGAAACUGAAGAAAAAUCAUCUGAACCCAAAAAGUGUGGUCCAUACAUUUCAUCUAUAACCAGUCAUGGCAUGAACUUCGUGAUUCGUGGAAUAGUGCUGUUUUUUAUUGGUGUAUUUCUUGCAUUAGUAUUAAACUUGCUGCAGAUUCAGAGAAAUGUUACGCUGUUUCCACCAGAUGUUAUCACCAGCAUCUUCUCUUCAGCUUGGUGGGUACCGCCCUGCUGUGGCACAGCUUCAGCUGCGAUCGGGUUAUUGUAUCCCUGCAUGGACAGACAUCUGGGAGAGCCACAUAAGUUUAAGAGAGAAUGGUCCAGUGUAAUGCGAUGUGUAGCAGUCUUUGUGGGCAUAAAUCAUGCCAGUGCUAAAGUGGAUUUUGCCAACAACAUACAGUUGUCUCUCACAUUAGCAGCACUAUCAAUUGGACUGUGGUGGACCUUUGAUAGAUCACGAAGUGGUUUUGGUCUUGGGAUAGGAAUUGCUUUCCUGGCCACCUUGGUGUCCCAGCUUCUGGUCUACAAUGGUGUUUAUCAAUAUACAUCUCCAGACUUCCUUUAUGUCCGUUCCUGGUUACCAUGCAUAUUUUUUGCUGGUGGCAUAACUAUGGGGAACAUUGGAAGACAACUGGCAAUGUACGAAUGCAAAGUUAUUGCAGAAAAAUCUCACCAGGACUGAAGAAAGAGAACAUGCACCUUCUUUGCAGGAAAAUGUCCAACAAGCAGCUAUCAGAAGAACAUAUGCUAUAAGGAACAUUUGAUUAUAAAAUUGCCAAAAUGCAAUUUUUUUCCCUUGAAUGGUAUACAUUACUGCAAUCUGUGAUUGCCGCUUCUAUAAGUCAGUUAGAAACCUUGGUGUCUCUGAUUUGAUUACUGUGAAGUUACAGUAGUAUGCAAUACAUUUGACAAUAUUGGUUCAUGGAUAGGAUUUUUUUUUUCUGAAUCUAAACUGUUUACCAUAUGUCAUUGUCUUUCCACAAUGUUGCAGUGCCAAACUGACAUGUGUUACUGUAUACUGUAGCUGAAAAUUCUGCUUCACUUUGUCUGGGCAAAUUAAGGAAUUGAUGUUUUCAAUAGUUUUGCAAAAAAACAGGAAAUUUAAGAAUAAGUAUGAAAAUCUUUUAAGUUACCAUUUGUGGCUAGUUAUUUUUAUUAGUUUACGUGAGUUACAGGUGAGCUGCAGUGGCAAUAAGGAAACUUGAGGUAAGUCCGUAAGUUUUCUAAUCCACUCCCUUUUUCUUUAAAUCCCGCCAUAGUUGAGAGAUCUUAUUUAGGGCAUGCCAUCUCUCAUUUUCCUAUUAUUUGUCCCUAAAUGAUGCAUCCUUAGGAAAAUCUCCACUGAAUGUGGAAAGAGAAGCUUCACUGAGGUGGGAAAUUCUUUAGAAAACAGAAAAAAGGAAGCUGAAAUCUAGUUUAGAAUUUGCUUUCUUUUAACACACAGACCUGCAGAGUGUCUGUUAGUUAAUGGUCUCUUUCUUUAUGCAGGUCUGGAUUCUAAAAUUAUCAUCACACUGAGUUGCACCUUAUUUUGCCAAUAGUCCUGUCAAAGUCAGUAGGACUACUUAUGGUGUAAGGUGCUAUUUUAGGUACUUAUGUGGACCCCCCUUCCCUCUUUCUCAUUAUUGUAGCAUUUGAGCACUUUGCACUUGUUCAUGUAUUUAUCUUCCUUGUGACACAGGGAAGUGCUAUUUUCCCCAUCUGCACAAUGGGGGGCUACAUUACCUGACUAAGGUCACGCAGGAAAUACGUGGUAGCGCAAAGACUUGAGUUCAGGUUUCCUAAGUCCUUGGCUUGGAUCUGAAUUAUUUCUGUUCUUGAGAGUGAGUAAGGAUGUUGAACUCUACCCCAGAUUUGGGCUUACACCCUCAUUUCUCUUUUUUUGACUUGGUAAUUACCUUUUAAGUAUACAAGACAGAGCAACUUUGGUGCAAGUAGGUACAAUCCCAUUGCUUUAAGCAGAACUCUGACUAUGCCAACAGAGAAUGUGACCCAGGGCCUCCCCACUCCUUGUUUGUAGGGUUUCUGUCUCUUGUCUUGAUGUCAUUCAAACAAGUUCCUUUAUUGUGUUUGGAAUGAUUAUUAUUAUUAUCUUUUAAUUUUCCACAAAAGGUUUUUAAAACAUUUUACAGUCACCUAAGGAGACUGGAGUUGGUCCAAAGAACAAAUAUAUGUUUAGAUAAGUUUUAUUAAAAAAUAACUGUAUAUGUAUGUGUUGUACAUGAAGCUUGAAAUAGGCAUUUUUUCAGUGUAAUGCACUUAUAUCUGAUGUCUGAAAAGUAUGCAAUGAAAUGCCUCCCAAAGCAUGUCACAUAAAUAAGGGGCACUGGAAGUAAGAAACUUUAGAAUGGAUAAAGUGAGGUUUUUUAGUUCUUAAAUAAGUGAAUAAUCUAUGGAGAACUCCAUUCAGCAGUUCCACAAUGUUUCAUGGCUCCAAUGUUACAGCUCCACAACAAUUCAGCACCUCAGGCACCUUUUCACAUAUUAGUCACAACUCAGGAAAGCACUUAUGUAUGUGCUUUCCUUAAGCAAAAGGUAAGCAUGUGCUUAAAUGCACUCCUGACUAGAGAUGUUUCUCUUGAUCAAGGCCAUGAUAAAUGAGGCACCCCUAGACACUAUGUUAAUGAAGGGUAUAGUUGUCAUAAUAAGUCAAUAAUGGGUAUCAAAGUUGAGAGUGUGAUUCUGUUGUAACUGUAGUUAAAUAAUGUGGUACCUCAGAUUCUAGAGGGAUAACUUGUUAAGUGUUGACUUCCAUGGUGACCAAUAUGCAAGUACAGCUUGGGGGAUAAGUCAUUUCUUAUUUGCUUGAUGACAGAACUCUUUACAUUUAUUGGUUUAAAUACCUGUAGAGAAUAAGAUCUGUGCAUGUUGAAAUGUGCAGUAUAUGAAAAGUGGUUAUUGUGCAUUUGUGGCACCCGCUUUUCAACAUUUUAAAUCCAUAUUCAUUUAAAAAUUGUUAGAAGAGACUAUACACUAAACUUUUCAAAUUUCAUUUUUGAAAUGUUAAGCUGGUUGUGCAAAGACGCAAAAAAAAAUCAUCCAAAAUAAAUUUGGGUGGACUCCUUUAUUAUAUAGAUAUUAUUUUUUUAAUUCUUAUUUGACUAAAAUUGAUUGAGAACCUUGUAUGCCAUAUUUUCAAACUGCAUUGUAAGUUUCUGGCUGAAAUACUUAAUACAUUGCAAAAAGGUUCAUAAUGGGAAUGCUGACACAGCCUUAAUGAUAGUGGUGUGCAUAUGCUGCUACUCUAUAAUUACAAUAUUAGACUGUCUUCAAAAAGUUGUUCAAUAUAGAAUGAAUAAGGUAUAUUUUAGAUACAACUUUAUAAGCACUAUAACCUUUUCACUAACUAUGCGUUGUAAGGUCUAUGCUGUUUACUUCUGCAAAUUGCUGUUAAAAGCAAAAUGUGUAUUAAAUAUAAUUACAAACA